AUGAAACUGAUGGGAGUCAACAACAACAGUGAUUUCAACGACAUUGAUAUGGCCCCAUCACCUCCUAGAGUUCGUCAGGCUUCUCCUACAAUUACCGAAGGCACUAGUGUAGAUUUAGAAGAUUCUUUAGACUUACUGCCAAAGUCUAAUGACUUGAUCAACCAACAAUCAGAUUCCUCUGAUUUACAGAGAAUAAAUGAACUUGUAUUCAACAAUUUCCCUUUGGUAGUCAACUUACCUUCAACCCAACCUUUCAAGUCCAUCCUUAAACUGUAUAAUCUACCCAUCACCAAAAAACUCAAAUUAUUUGAUAAACAACUUGCAUCAGAUAUUAUCCCCAAACUUCUUGAUGCCUACAAGACUCUGGAGUCUAAGAAACAUCAUCCCAUCAAAUUUGAUUAUUCCAACUUCCUGAACCAUCCCAAUUACCUUUUUGUGAAGAAUUUCCGUAAAGAGAAGAAGAAAGAUUCAUCCAAAAUCAUCAAAUAUUUCAAUGAUUUAUCCCUUUAUAAGAGUUUAUCGGAUAUAGAUUACAGUCAUAACAACUUAAUUCUUAAGUUUGAUAACUUCCUUGAUUGUGAAUAUUUCCUUGACUCAACUAUCAAACAUCCUACGAAUAAUGAGAUUUUGAAUAUCAAUAGAUUCACUAAAAUCAAACGUGCCGACGACACAGACCAUGAUUAUUCCAUUCUUUACAUAGACAAUUUAUCAAAAUUCUUACCUGGAGAUUUGAAACGAUUCAAUAAAGAUUUUUCCAAGACAUUUAAUACAAUUUUAGAUAAAUUUAGACUUUUCUGUCAUUUAGAAUCGAUGUAUUUCCCCAUUAUAAAUAACGAUUUGGAAUUCGGGUUCAUAAAGCUACAUUCUUCAGACCUCAGGAUCUUAUAUUACUUGAACAAUUUAAAUUAUCAAGAAUUUAUGGAUUUCAGUGAGGUUCCAAAUAUUAACGAUGAUGAUGAUAUUGAUGAUACUGAUACCUUGGAUGAGGAUACUAUCCAUAUAACUAUAGCUCAACAUAAACAUAAUCAUCUAUUAUAUCAGUUUUAUCCUCAAUACCUUUCAGGCAAUUCCAUAAAUAUGAAUAACUUAAAUUCUCAUCAAUUCAUCAUCAAUCCGUUCCUUACUUCAACGAACUAUCAAGAGACGAACAUUUAUGUAACCAAUUUCCCUUUGAUUUUCAAUAAUGAUGAUGAAAUAUGGUCAAAAUUCUGGUCAAAGUUCGGAGAUAUAAAUUCUGCUAAAAUCAUUAAACCUCAUUAUUAUUCCCAAAAUAAUCAUACUGUAGGUAAAAUUGGAUUUGUAUUCUUUAAGACGUUCAAGAUGUGUAUUAAAGCCAUAUUGAUGACCAACAAUAAGGUUAUAAACUUGGGAGGGGCCAAUGUAAUUAUUAAAACAAGUUUCGCCAUACAGAAGUUAAACAGACAUAAUGAACCCAUAGAAAUUCCUCCAGUACCUAUGGAUAUGCCAUUUAUACCUGUCCCCAUGGAAUCUAUGACCAUGCCAAUGGAACCUAUGUUCAUGAAUCUGUUUUAUCCGUUCCCUCAAUCGUAUGGAUAUUAUCCUCCGUAUUUCCAUCCUAGUUAA